UCGCAAGGGAGCGAAACCGGCCCGCAGCCCGGCGGCCGCACUGCGCAUGCCCGCGUGGAGGGGCGGGAAGCUGAAGCCGACUAGUGGAGGCGCGGGGAUGUCCAGUCUGGUGCCAGGGGCAGCGGCCCGCAGCAAGAAGCGUCCGGCGAGCCCGGGCAACGGCAGCGGCCCCAGCAAGAAGAAGAAGGUGUCGGCGGCUCCGAGCGGCCCCCAGCUAGCAAGUGUAGGUGCAGAGACCAUGAAUGAGAAUAAAUUUAUGACUGUGGAUCCCAAUACCGGGCCAAUGGAAGCCGCCAUCAAACCGUUGCCAUUUAAGGCUCCAAACUUCAUUCACUCUGGCAUUGGUGGAGCAGCAGCUGGCAAGAAGAACAGAACUUGGAAGAACCUAAAACAAAUUCUUGCUUCUGAAAGGGCACUGCCAUGGCAACUCAAUGAUCCUAGUUACUUUAAUAUCGAAGCUCCUCCUUCCUUUAAACCAGCCAAGAAAUACUCUGAUAUUUCAGGACUUCCUGCAAAUUAUACAGAUCCACAGAGCAAGCUGAGAUUCAGUAGCAUUGAAGAAUUUGCUUACAUUCGGAUGCUUCCUUCAGACGUUGUUACAGGUUACCUGGCAUUAAGAAAAGCAACAAGUAUAGUUCCCUAAGACUUGCAAAAUGCCUUUGAGUGACCAGCCACGGAUUGGAAUAACAUUCAAUGUUUUAAAUAAAACUCUGCUUGUGGCAUUGAGA